GUAAGCCAUUCCUGGUCUCUCUCCUCUAUUUCUACUCAUUCCUCGCCAUCUCUCUCUCAUCUUCUUCCCUUCGUUUUCAGAAUUCCAUAAUCAGCUGCACUUUCUUUUGCUCUUUCUGAACAUAAUAACUGGAUCUUGUUCUUCAUUGAUUUUCUCACAUAUACCAGCAUAAUAAAACUUCAAUCCUCUGUUCUUAGGAGUUAGAUUUUGUUUUCUUUCUUUAGAUUUCGAGCUGAUUUUGAUCAUUGAUUUUACGUGUUCAACUUUUCAUAUUCAUACCAUACGAAUUUAGGUUUGGAUUUUUGCGUCGAAAGGGUGUCGUUUUCAUCAUUCCUUUUCAAGUUUUUCUUUUUUUCAAACACGUUUCUGGGGUGAAUUUAGAUUUGUGGGUGUAUGCUAGUUAAUCUACGUCGUUGUUUCAAGUUGAUUGGAUCUUUGUGAGCUUUUGAGGGACUGAUCUUUGCGUUCACGAGCUUCCUCCACGCAGAUAUCUGGAUUUAAACAUGAAAACUGAAAGCGAGGAGAUGAUGAAUUCACAAGGCGGCCUAAGUGAAGAUGCUAGUAGUGGAGGAAGUGGUGGUGGUUUGGUACUGAAGAAAGGUCCUUGGACAUCUGCAGAGGAUGCAAUAUUAGUGGACUACGUAACAAAACACGGAGAGGGGAACUGGAAUGCUGUGCAGAAGCAUUCUGGGCUUGCUCGAUGUGGGAAAAGUUGCCGAUUGCGGUGGGCAAAUCACUUAAGACCAGAUCUAAAGAAAGGAGCAUUCACUCCUGAGGAAGAGAGCCUCAUUGUACAACUGCAUUCUAAAAUGGGGAACAAAUGGGCACGAAUGGCUGCUGAGGUCUGUAUGAUCAUCCUUCAUUUGAAUUUUUUUCUUGUUUCCAUCUUAGUACCAAGACUCUAUUCGGUACUCUGAAAACUCUAUAGAAAGGAAACAAGUUGGGAAGUAGAAUAGAACACUCCAAGGAAAGAGAACUUGUGAAAUAUAGAAGAUGAGCACAAACAUAAAUAAGUUAUUGUAGAUAUUGCAAACUCAUUUUUAUUUAUUUACUGAUUUAUGUCUAUGUAAAACGACUGAAAUAUAACUAUAUGUAAAAUUUUAAAACAAGUGAAUUGAUAAGAGUAUGUAAUUUUUCUUUGCAUUUUCCAAGGUAAUACUGAGCACAAGAGAACAACUUUCCUCAGCAUUUGUUACCACUUGCUAGCAUUUUCCAGCAUCUAAACGUACCCUAUAUUCCUUCCACAAGUUUAUUCUGCAGUUGGAAGCUUGUUCUGAUUUAUGUCUGGACUAUCCAUAAAUAUUGCUUUCAUAUACCUAACUAAACAUGCAAGCUUCAAGAAGUUUGGUAAAAAUUCAUGAUGCCAUUGAAUUUAUAAUACAUAUUUCCUGAGAGUUUUGGUUACAAAAGUUUUCAUGGAAAAUAAUACAAGGGCACAAAUGGACCCUUUCAGAAAGCUAUGUGUGUCAUAUCAUUAUUUAUUGGUUCUCUAUGCAAAGAAGCUGAGAUUAAUGCUCUGAUUUAUAAAGUUUUUUUUGUUCAUCUCUGAAUCAGAGUACCUUCUUUUGUGCCCACCUAGUUCUUUGUGCAUUGGGCAUUUAGUUUGCACUAGAAUAUCUUUUGGCACUUUGGUCUCACAUGAAAUCUAUGAACUUGACUUGAGGAUGUUGUGCUUGCCGAAUUACGUUAUGUCAUUAUUUUAGUUUUCUCUGUUAUAUUACCUCCUUCUGGAAGGAGGAUGGGUAUGGUGAAUUUUUUUCCCAAAGAUAAUUAUCCAUAUCAUAUAUUCAUUGGGAACUAAUCUACAAAGAUAUUUUUCAGUUGCCUGGGCGAACAGAUAACGAGAUAAAGAACUAUUGGAACACAAGACUGAAGAGAAGACAACGUGCCGGCUUGCCAAUAUACCCUCCUGACAUCCGUUUGAAUUCCUUCAAUGAGACCAAACAAAAUGAAGAUUUUGGCACCUUCUCGCAGCAUCCUGAACUUUUGCAGAACAACAGUUAUGAGAUCCCACCUGUCGAAUUCAGAAGUUUGGAACUGAAUCAUCACGCACUAUAUCCACAAGAUCUCCUUGACAUUCCUGCAAGUAGUACCCUUCUGCCACAAGGUGGUCUUGGUUCUUGUUUUGUAAACAACAGGUCGUUUCUUUCUGCUAUUCACCCUUCAAAGCGUAUACGUGGUUCCGGAACCUUCUUCCCUGGUUUAAGUGAUAUUCCAUAUCAGAGUGAUGAGAAUACUUAUACACAGAUGGGACAAUCUUACUGUGGGUUUUCGUAUCCAUAUGAUCAGACUAUGGAAUCUGGUCAACCAUCGUUAUUCUCGGAUUUGAUUCAUGGCAGCCAUGCCUUUAUAAAUGGCAACUCCUCUCCUUCAGACCCCACGUGUGGAAAGAAGAUGGAGCUCCCUUCAUUCCAAAAUCAGAUGGGUAGUUGGGGAUUUCCUUCCUCAUCCCCUCUUCCAUCUCUACAAUCUGUUGAUACUAUAGUUCAGUCACCUCCAAGAGCUGCUGAACAGCAGCCUGAUGGUAACAGUGGCCUACUUGAUGCUGUUCUUUUAGGGUCACAAUCUUUGAAGCAUACAAAGAAUGAUUCUUCGUCCUCUGGUGGUUUCUUGAUUAUGCCAGGUGACUUGGUGGAUGAUAGUUCAUGUCCGGACCUUGACGACCCAGAGAUGGAAAGAAAUGGUGACCCGAUUUCUCCUCUCAGUCAUUCUGCUACAUCAAUUUUUAGCGGAAAAAGUACAUCAGAUGAGCCUCAGUCAGUCGAAAAGAAGUCAGGUGAGAAUAGUCACCUAACUAGUUAAUUUUUAGAAAUGACACCUUUAACACUGAAACAUGAUAGGAUAUAAUGAUAUAGCAGGAGUUAAGUGUUCUAAACUGACUCUUUUUCAUUGUUUUUAUUAUAACAUUAAAAGCUUUUCCCCGGGGGGAUUGGAGCAAAUGUUAAUAUUUACUUCUCAAGGGGUGUAUUGUUAUUUGAAAAAACAGAGGGGCCACUUUUUACUUAAUCAAAUCUAUGUGGAGGUAGAUAGAAAUAGCCCUCCAUCUUUAGUUAUUCUAUUCAAUUCCUAACCAUCUAUUUUCUCAUAAUUACGCGAACUUCUGAAAUUAUUGUCAUUGUGUAGGUGAUGUAGUUAAGCAAGUGCAUUAUAAAAAUGAAGCAUCAAACCAUAAGAUGUUCUCUAGGCCGGACUUCUUGCUUAAUUCGGAUUGUUUCAUUGUGAAGGCGGACCACGGUAAGGACCACUGUAAAUUUAAAGACGUGUUUGGAACGGGCCUGUUUGAUGACUUUAGCAAGAACUGCAAGAAAAUGGGAGGCUCGGCUACUUCCACGGGUCAAGGCUAUGCUUGGGAUGCCAUGUCCACUGUCUGAUCAAUUUCUUGGAUUUCUAUGAACGAAAACUUAUAGUCUAGAAAUUGUUUGGCAGGGAAAAUAUUUUGAUAUAUUGAUCAAACAACACACAGGUUCUCUCCCACGUAAAUUUACCACCAGAUUAUUAUAACCUGAUAGCAGCCUUUUCCUUCACAUGUGUUUGUAUUUUGUUUUUGAAACAAUAUCCUUUCAUGCAUGAAACAACAGAGGUACUAGCAGUUCCUUGCCAUUGACACUUGAACCAUAAACGAGCACAAUCUUCAAAAUAAUAGUGUGCUUAUUAUGAUUUGUUUCCUUGAAUUUAUGCAUCUCGGUUUU